AUGAAACUGUCGUCAGGGAUUCUGGAUCCGCGCUGCAAUGAUCCCAUCGUAAGAGGACGGUGCACGCGGCACUUCGAAGUCUUCGGUUAUAACUCACUGGCCCAAUCGUGCGUGAGUUUCAUCUACGGAGGCUGCAACGGAAACGGCAACCGAUUUGAAACCAUGGAGGCGUGUAGGAAGAAAUGCCAAGACAUAGAUCCUCGAUGCAAUAGCCCCAUCGUGACGGGACGCUGCAAGAGAAAGUUCCAGGUGUUCGGUCAUGACCCGCUGGCCCGCUCGUGCGUGAGUUUCAUCUACGGGGGCUGCGGCGGGAACUGCAACCGCUUUGAAACCAUGGAGGAGUGUAGGAACACUUGUCAAGGUAUAUAG